UGUGUUGCCAUGAGUCUUAUUUCCUGUCUGGGAUAAUAGAUUAAGAACACAGGAAAGUGACUUAUUUCCAGCUUGUGGAUUGAUGUCAGAGGAGGUUGAUGCAGUUGCAUUCGUUUUGGUCACAAAUUUACCUCUUUCAGCUUGUGAUGGGACUAGUUUUUCUUUUUCUUUAGUAUUGUCUCUAUUCUGUGUUUCCUUGCCAUUUUAUAUCUUGCUUAGAUUCUUCAUUUCAGGAGAAACAUCAAUUCACCUAUAUGUUCUCUGCUGAGACAACAUAGAUCGUUUUUUAUGUGCAGUUGGUGUGAUGCGUUCGCAUUGGUGUUGGGUACGUUGGAGCAGCAAAUGUUUAAUUCUGCACAGGACACAGACAGAGAUCCAGACAGCGGCCCAGACUCUUCUCUGCUCAUAGAAUGAAAUAGAGGGAGAGAUGAACAGUGUGUGGCUGCAGCAUCCUGCGGUCAAUGAUGAUGGUGUGAGCACAAGUGUGAGUGUGUUGGACAAACUGAUACACACACACCCCAUCUGGCUUCUGCUUUCCAUCGACCAGCAAGAGGCCACUGAUGUUCUACUGCAGCAACCAACAGGGGUGUUUUUGGUGUGGAGGUCAUCUGUCCUGCAGAAGAAGGUCUUGUCAUUUCACACGGAUGAUGCCUCAGACUCCACUGUGAUUCACAUCCCUGUGAAGGAGAGCCAGUACACAUUUUCUCUGGAGGGAUCAGGGAUCAGUUUUGCUGACCUCUUUCACCUCGUAGCCUUUUAUUGCAUUAGCAGGGACAUUCUGUCAUCUACCCUGAAGCUUCCUGAAGCUAUUCGCUCAUCUGAGACCCUGUCAGAUCUGCAUGAGGUGGCCCAGCAAGGGGCAGCAUUUUGGAAGUCUUCUUUCAACAGAGAACAGGGGGCACUUUCAGGCUCAGACAGUUCUCUGGUUGAGGACAGUCCGCUGAUCUCUCUGCAUGCCAACUGCUCUGAAGUCUUACAGGUAGAGGAUCACAGCUGUACCCCAACUGGGCAGAUAAAUAUCCCAAUUGAAGCUUGCCUUAGCGCCCUCAAAAUUAAUGGAAGUUGCUCCAGCAGUGCUUUGUACUUCAUCAACCCAGCCUUCAGCCAAACACAGGAGCAUCUGGCUGGAAACAACCCAGUCUUUAGCCUAACACAAGAACAACUUGCUGGAAAUACAACAACAGUGAUUGCUAAAGACCCAACAGCAGUCAACGGAAAACCCUGUCCUCCACCCAGGCCUCCUCCACCCCAGCGUUUAGUUCAUAGCCCUACUGUACCCCUAGGUCCAAAGACUAUGCCUUUGAGCACUGGCUUCAACAGAUUGAGCCAAAGAUCCAAAUCAAGCGCAGCUCCCAAGAAACCUGCGCAAUGUCAUCCUCCACCACGACCUCCACAACAACCAGACAUAGACAGCUACCGCUGCACCAUUGCUUUAGAUGAUGAAACAAUCUCUAGGGCUCUUUCUCGAGCCAAUCUUCCCCAUACAUCUCCUGUAAACCAGACCAGCAGCACUGUUCAGCAGCAAUGGACUGGACCAGAUGAGAAAGAAGGAAACUCAAGUGGGAGAAGUUUGUCCACUUCAUCAUCUAACUCUCUGGACUCUUCUCCACACCCUAUCCCUUUGGGCCUGUGCCAAAGCAUGGGCCAAGGCCUUUCCAUGGAUGACAGCAGUGAUGAGCAUAACAUUGAGGAGGAAGAUUACUGUGUGGGACUCGAGAGGGACCUGCAUCUUCGACUUCAGACUUCUUGCAAGUCAAAGAGACUCCUGGCGGUUGAGCUAGUGGGGGCUCAUCCAGGAUCACUCGUUAUUGUCCCACGGGUGCUAAGGGGACACCUCCGUAAGGUCAGAGGUGUUCUCAGUGUUCUUGCGACCCCCGAGAGACGCAUAUUGAUGCAGAUUCUUGAGCUGGCCCAAGACAAACGCUCCUACUUUGGGUGUCUGGUGCAGGACUAUGUGAGCUUUGUGCAGGAGAACAAAAACUGCCACUCGUCCAGCCAGGAUCUUCUGCAGACACUCCGCCAGUUCAUGACCCAGAUGAAGGCUUACCUCAUUCAGAGCUCAGAAAUGAAUCCCCCUAUAGAGUCUUAUAUACCAGAAGAUCAGAUUGAUCCAGUAUUGGAGAAGGCCAUGCAUAAGUGUGUGCUGAAACCUCUGUAUGGUUCAGUGCAGUCAGUUCUGCAACAGUUCCAGGAGGCCAGCGGGACGUGGCAGAGGCUGCAGAAGAAUCUGGCCCAGGCCAAGACCAAACAGCCCCGGGAGCUGGGCGCGAACAUAGCCAGGCCACCGGACGCACACGCCAUCCACAGGAUCCGCCAAAAGCUCCGUGCCAUGUGCAGGAUGUACUCACCUGAGAGGAAGAUCGUGGUGCUGUUGAAAGUGUGCAAACUCAUCUAUAAUAUUAUGCAAGACCAUGCAGUGCGGAUGUUCGGAGCCGAUGAUUUCCUGCCCAUGUUGACAUAUGUGUUAGUCCAGUGUGACAUGCCUCAGCUGGACACAGAGGUCCUGUAUAUGAUGGAGCUGAUAGAUCCACCACUGCUACAUGGAGAAGGAGGUUAUUACCUAACCAGUGCGUACGGAGCGAUGUCACUGAUUAAGAACUUCCAGGAAGAGCAGGCGGCUCAAAUACUCAGUUCUGCAACACGCGACACACUUCAUCAGUGGCACCAACGUCGAACUUUGCAGAGAAACCUGCCCUCUGUGGACGACUUCCAGAAUUACUUACGAGUGGCUCUGCAGAAGGCAGAUAGCGGCUGUACAGCUAAAACCCUGCAGGUGCGGCCCUACGCCACUACAGAAGAGGUGUGUCGCCUUUGUGCCCUCAAAUUCCAAGUGUCAGAUCCUGAAAAUUACGGGCUCUUUCUCUUGGCCAACGACAGCAGUCAGCAAUUGUCUGCGGACACACACCCUCAGUGGAUAAAGGCAGAGUUACAUAGUCGACCGCACCCUCAGCCGUUUUAUUUUGUCUACAGGAAGAUACUCAACAUAAAUGGCUGCACUCUUGCUCAAUAGCACCAUGGAAGCUGUGCUGCAGACUGAAGAGGGAUGUUGCUUUUUGUUAAAACAAGAUUUCUAUGAAAUUAGGGUCUUUCCUGGUUUACUCAUUUUCACUGCUUUAUCUAGAAACCAAUAUAUUGUCUGAACGCUCAGUUGCAGUAAAUUGUAAGUGAGGGUGUGACCUAAAGGAAAGUGUAUAAAGAUCAAAGAAUAAAAGAUUUGCUGUUGAAGGGCAUGCUGCCAAAAAAAAAAAAGAAUGUAGCAAAUGAAAUAGGGUCAUUUUUUUUUUUUGUGAAAAUAUCUAAACAUACCUAAAACAAGAUAUAUUUAUAUGUCAGGCAAAAUGAUGUAAGAUACCAAGUCUUGUUUUCAGAAAAGUCAAAUUAAAUUUAUUGAGGAUUUUGCUUUACAGAAAAUUAAAAUAUAAAACUCAUAUCCCAUUGGCAAAUAGCUUUUCCUUGUUUUUUAGCAUAAACCCCAGUACAUUUUCUUACAUUUGUCUGAAAACAAGACUUAAAGGAUUAGUAUACCCAUUCUCAUAAUUUACUCACCCUCAUGCCAUACCUGAUGUGUAUGACUUUCUUUCUUCUGCCUUAACACAAGCAAAGAUUUUUAGAAGAAUAUCUCAGCUCUGGUCCAUACAGUGCAAGUGAAUGGUGACAAAAAGACAUGGAUUAAACCACUGUUAUCAUAUGAAUUGCUUUUAUGCUGCUUUAAUGUGCUUUUUGAAGCUUCAACGUUUCGGUAAUCAUUCACUUGCAUUGAGUAGACCUACAGAGCUGAGAUAUUCUAAAAAUCUUAAUUUGUGUUCUGCAGAAGAAAGAAAGUCAAUACACAUCUGGGACGGCAUGAGGGGGAGUAUAUGAUCCCAUCAAUAUCUUAUGCAAUUUUGCUUGUCAGGUAAAUGUGUCUUAUUUUAAGGCUGUUUAGAUAUUUUUACUGGAAAACGACCAAAAUUUUUUUUGAGGUUCAGACUUCAGCUUAAUGCCCACACAGACCUCUAAGUACGAUUAGUAAAAUAUUCUUUCCUAAAAUGUAAAUUUAUAUUUUAAAUAGAAAUGUUUAUAAAAUGUUCUGCAUAUAUUAGCCAUUAAUUUGUCUCAUGGGUAUCAUAAUGUACAUAAAGAGAAGUAGGCUAUACAUGUUCUCCCUUUGAGUCAAUAUUAUUUCUGCAUUGUGUCUGCCACCAAAAAUGCCAGCACUGCACUGAAGGCCUUAUUGUAACAUUUUGUUUGUAAAUACUAAGGUAUCAGGGAUCCUCUCUAGUUAAAUUGAGUUCUGUAAAUAGUCUAUAAACUAUUUUUGCAAUCAGACUAUUGAACAUUGAGAGCUUUUGCAUUCUCGGAAGAAGUGUCACCUCUGCUGUGACUGUCACGGGACUCUCACAUCUACAGAAUGGUGUGAAAUUUCACUAAGCACUGUGAGGGGAACCUUUUACAGAGAUGGUGCAGCGAGAUCAUGUGGUUGUUUUUCUCUAUCAAAAACACUGUGAGAUUGUUUUGUUUCAUCAGAGGGUAUCAGAUUUUUUUGGCUCUAGUGUGACCUUGCUGACUGUUAAAUUGGCUGAAGAAGCUUGAGAAGCUGAGAUAUUUUCACACUUUCUUCUUGUGAAAAAGAACACUUUGCCCCUUAUAAUUCAGCCUAAUGUCUGAUAGUGCUGUACUGUAAACAUUUUAUACAAAAAUAUUUUGUGCCAGAACAUCUUUGAUGCACCAAGUGCUGAGAAUGUGAAUUAUUUUGGCCUGUUUCCUGAACUGUUAAUGAUCAUUUAAAUCCUGAGUUUGGGUAUAUUUUAUUGCAUUUGGUGGAAUUUACAUUGCAAGUAAUAAAGAACUGUGCUUUUAUUCUUUU